AUGCUCUUAUUUACAUAUAGAAGAUUUUGGAGAUUUGCUACCUAGAAGUAUUGAUGUUUGUUAAUCAAGAAUUUAUAAAGACUCAACUAAAUUAAGUGAGGAUGAAAUAUCAAGAAUACUAUUUAAAGAUGAAGAGGCUGUAAUAAGUAAUGUGAAAUCGGAUGUGAAUAAUUAAGUUACAAUAGAAACUUUGUAUGAGAAAUCUAAUAUAAAUGAAUUAUUGGAUGUUAUCUAAAAAAAGGCUCAAUAAGAGAUUACUCCAAAAGAAGAACCAAAACCAUUAACUAGAUAAGAUUUGCCAUUAAAAUUUGGUUUACCAAUAAAGAAUGUGGGUUUAGAUCUUACAGUAGAGAAAGUGGAGUAAUGAAUUUGUUUAAAUAUUAAUUUGCAGACCUCCUAAGACAGUAACAAUGAAGAUGUUUGAAAUUCUGAAAUUAAAUGAGCAUACUUCUUAUUAAGAAUAUGAGGGUGCAAUUUAACAAUUUAAGGAAGGUUUGUAUGGGAAUGCAGUACGACCUUUUUAUGAAGUUAGAAAUGAAAUGAAAGAAACAUUAAAAGAGGAUGCUAUUCCCUAUGCCUUACUAAAUGAUAAUAAAUACAUGGAAGAAAUUAGAGAAAAUAGAUAAUUAAAUAUAUCGAUACCUGGGACAAUAGAAAAUGAACAUGCUCAUAGAUUCUUAAAAUUGAGACCUGUAGAAGAAUUCAGACAUACUCCAUUGAUUCCGAUUUCUGAUAGGCAAAUGAGAGAAUAUUAAGAAAAAGUCGAAGCAUAUCACAGAAAAGGAGUGUAUUUAGAAGUCUCUAGGGAAUAACUUUAUUUUGCUUCAUUGAUUGCAGGAAUUUUCUAUAUAAUGUUUAGAAUGUUUUAAUGGGUUCUAAAGAAGGAAGAAGAAUCUGGUUUACAAUUUUAGAGACUUAAAUUAAGAAGAAUGGGAAUGGCUUAUGAGGUUGUUUGA